UCCAAUUCAAUGUUUUUCCACUGAUACAAUAACAAGUCAGUCUUGUGAGGAAGUGGGUUUUUGUCUGGGAGAUCAUGAAGAAAAGGAGCAGAAGAUGAGCAAUACAACUGCAGCUAAAGCUUCCACACCUGCAUUGGAUAUGCUUUCAGGACAUCCAAUUCAAUGCCUUUCCACUGAUCCAAUAACAAGUCAACCUUGUGAGGAAGUGGGUUUUUGUCGGGGAGGUCCUGAAGAAAAGGAGCAGAAGAUGAUCAAUGCAACUGCAGCAAAAGCUUCCACACCUGCAUUGGAUAUGCUGUCAGGACAUCCAAUUCAAUGUUUUUCCACUGAUCCAAUAACAGGUCAAUCUUGUGAGGAAGUGGGUUUUUGUCUGGGAGAUCGUGAACAAAAGGAGAAAAAGAUGAUCAAUACAACUGCAGCAAAAGCUUCCUCCCCUGCAUUGGAUUUGCUCUCAGGACGUCCAAUUCAAUGCUUUUCCACUGAUCCAAUAACAUGUGAAUCUUGUGAGGAAGUGGGGUUUUGUCAGGGAGAUCAUGAAGAAAAGGAACAGAAGACAAUGGAUACAACUGCAGAAAAGCAGCAUAACGUUUCAGAAGUAAGCUGCAACCACACUUCUGUUGCAGCAAGUCCGGAGCCUUUUUCGAAAGAGUGUGUGCCAGAAGUUGUAAAAUUGAGUCCUGAGCAUAGCAUAAAUGAUAACAUUUCCAACCUGGAGGAUAAGAAUAGUUUUGUAAAUGAUACAAUUAUGAUGAAGGAAGAUGUUGAUGACCCAGCAGAUUAUGAAUUGUACGAUAAAAACAUGUGUUACAAAGCCUGUACAAGGAGACAAAUGGUUGAUGCUGAUUGUAGGAGAAGCAGUGGUGACCAUAGUCCUGAAAGUGCUAACAAGGAACAGACUUUUCAGGAUCAUGACAAGGAUCAUUCACACCAAUUUUCUGAUGGAUCAUUGAGAGUUGGCUUGAUGGAUGGAGAAACAAAACUUUCAUUUGAUCAAGUUACCUCAUAUAGUGGGGCUGCAGCUGAGGAAAUAAAGUUGAGCACUGACAUUCCUGUGGAGCAUCUCGAAGCAGAUGGUAGACAACAGGAUGAUACAGAGAUUACAAGAAGCAAUCUGUGUUGUGGAGGUGAGCAAAUAGAGUUGAACACUGACAACAUUGAUGAGCAAAGGUCUAUGACUGUCUCAUCUGCAGUUGGCAUUCAUGUGGAGCAAGUUGAAACUAAUGGUAGACAGCUAGAUCAUGCGGAGAUUACAAGAAAUAAUCUGUGUUGUGUAGGUGAUGUUUCUGAUUUAAGCUUAGACACAGUAAGAGAUGGUCAUUUAAAGAUUUCACAAUUCUCACUAGACAGAAGUGGUUCGGGGAACCCAAAGAAGAAGCUUCUCAUCCUUGAUGUGAAUGGACUGCUUGCUGAUUUUGUCAGUAUCUAUGACACUAGAACAAGAUAUAGGCGAGAACGAGAGCCAGAUUUUAUACUGAAAGGGAGAAAAGUCUACAAGAGGCCCUUUUCCGAGAAUUUUCUACAGUUUUGCUUUGACAGAUUUCAUGUAGGAGUAUGGUCUUCUAGAGCCAAGUGCAAUGUUGAUGAAGCAAUCAAAUUUCUCAUGGGGAAAUCUGCAUCCAAACUUCUCUUUUGUUGGAAUCAGUCCCACUGUACUACAACUGAAUUCACUACUGUUGAGGAUUUACACAAGCCCCUUGUGUUGAAGGAACUUAGAAAAUUGUGGGAAAAGGAAGAAGCCGAUCUACCAUGGGAGAAGGGAGAGUUUAACGAGUCCAACACAUUAUUAUUGGAUGACUCCCCUUACAAGGCACUAAUGAAUCCUAUGCAUUCAGCUAUAUUUCCUUAUUCUUACCGAUACUUCUACACCAGAGACUCAGAAUUAGGACCAGAAGGUGAUCUUCGGAUUUAUCUAGAAGGGUUGGCUUUAGCUGAGAAUGUAAGAAAGUACGUGUCAGAAAAUCCUUUUGGGCAACGGCCGAUAAGAGAAGCAAAUCCAUCGUGGGGUUACUACCGUAGAGUUAUAGAAUCAGUUCAAAAGAAGCGAUCAGGCACUGCAUUUGUUUAAUCACUCUGAUGAAUGAAAUGACGUUCAGUUUUGAUUUAAAAUAGAUCAGUUUUGUUUACUUACUACUUCUUAAGCCAGAAUGACUAGCAGCAGGGCAUAUAGUUCAAUUGUUUUCAUCAUUUUUUUACCUUCUUGGAACGCUUUUGGUUUGCCGUUGGAAAUCACUGACCACUGAACUCCAGUUUAGAGCUGUUCAAAAUUGAUUAUUAUGUAAAACUUGGAUUAACAGAAUAAACUAGAGUCUCAUUUGAAGCUACUUAAGGUGGCAUUUGGAUCCUCAAAAAGAAUAUGCAAGUCUAUUAGGUAUUA